AAAAUUAAACUAUUUUAAACCUUCUUGAAUGUCUUUACCAGGGGUGCAGAUAAAUAUGCCAGAUUUUUCCUGGAAACUAGAAGCAGGCCUUUUAAGUCUACUUUGUUUAAAGAAGCCGGAUCCCAUUACAUCUUUACUGUUGGCUUGUACAUUACGUCCGUUAAUGGUAAACCAAUUGAUGCUAGUCAAGAGGAUCCGGAGCAGCUCAGCUGUUUACCUCGGGCCAGAAAACACGGAUCAUGUUCUUAUUCAAUUAGACAAACCAGAAAUCUGCUUUCUUGUUGAUUGAUUUGCAAAUUGCAUCUGCUCAAGGUAAGCAUUAGCUGGCCAUUGGCUAGAGAUGCUCGUUUUAAUGACAGCCAGUUACAAUGUCUGAAAGAAUAUUGUCUCUUUCAGACAUUUCACAGCUCUCUGCAACUCUCAUAAAUUAGAUUUUUCGCAUCCUAUGAUAGCUCUAGCUUUAAAUAUGUAUGUGAAAUGAAAUUUUGUUUAUAUCUUAAUUGAAAUUUCUACUUAGGAUACUUGAAUUAGUAAAUAGUUAUUAAAACUUAUGAGUUCAAAAUGAGUUCAGUGAGACAUAAAUGUGCGUAUAUCCAGAGUGUUGUAAAUUUUAACCAGUUAUAGUAGGGGACAUGUAAGGAUAAUAAGCAGACUAGCAGAUUUCUUCUGUUCCUGCUAAGGCAAAGGCUAAGAGAUCUCAAAAAGCAAUUCAUCAUUGCGGGAUCUAAAUAAAAUAAAAUAAAGAGAUUAUAAAUAACAUUGCUGACAUACUGUAUAUCAGUCUGAAAAGAAUAUGAAGUCAUUUUUGUAGAAGAUGUCUCCAUCUAUGGGUAAAGUAUUUUUUAUACCAAUGGUAAUGGAAUUGAUUAUAACUUAAUUCAAAUAUUGAGGCAAAUAUAAUGUACUUACAGGCUCUUUUAUGAGUAUUCUCUAUAUGUUGAUGAGAGAUCAAAUGUAAAAUUUUAUUGUUUAAUUGUAAUUGUUUAUGCACUGGCAUCCAAACUGUAAUGUUAUUUCAAGAAAUUUUAUAAAUGAAAUGUUCACACACAGCGCUGAUUGUUUCCAGGAAUGUCACAGAAUUUUUGAAUGCCUUUGUCUGUUCCUUAUCUUCCAGCUCACCAUAAUCCUCUGAGCUUAAUUAGGAGGCAAAUGGACAUCUUCAUAUAAUUAGUGAAGAUGUCUCUCCUCUCAUUUGAAAAUACCUAUCAGUGCCCGAUAUAAACACACUUUAUCAAUUCCACUGGAAAAACCUCUGAACUGUUUUAAAAGAAGAAAAUGGACAUGAACUCAUUCUAGUUUGGCAGGAAAACAAUUUAACUGUCUCACAUUGGCAGGAGUUUUAUUUUCAGCUGUUGACAAUAAUUUAACGUUAACAGACUGAUUUAGGUAUUUGACAUAAUGUGCUUUAUCCACUAUGCUUUCAGUAUCUGUCUGAGCAGUGCUCUUUAGAAGUUUUCAAUUGUCAUUCCUGAAUUGAUGACUUUCAGUGUAGGGUGCUGAGAUCAGACUGGUGAUGGAUGCUUGUGAUGGUGGCUUUGCUUCACAGUAAGUGGUUUAUGUCAAGAUGUAUGAGUUGUUCCCCAGGUUGUUCAGGGGAAGGCUAUGUUAGUGGUACCGCUUUUGACUUUUUAAAGACUUCUCAAGAUGUUGGGAUAAGCAAUAGAAACCUGGAAGGCAUAAAAAAACUGAAUACUAAAUAUUCAAUGCAUACAUUUUGUAUCAUAUCUGUUAGAAUUAAGGUUGGUUUGUUUGUUCGUAGUUUAAUACAACAACAUCUGAUCGCUGGUGAGGAGGGAAAAUCAGAUAAAUCUGUAACAGUAUUGCUGGUUCUCAACAGUUUGGAACCACCGUCCCCUGUUGACGCUGCAUGUUUCACUGGGAUAGAGUACUAAAUGGAGACUGGAUGCCAGUUAGUUCAGAGUCCUGGGUUACCCUUUGACUACGUGAACGACAAAAGCAGAAGUAGGUCGUAGAAAACCUGGCGUGAAUUACAAUCACUUAAUGCCAACAAUCCCAUGUCUGACACAGUAACGGUUCCAAAAUCUGUCUUUAGUGAUUGGUUUAUACUUUAGCAAUUUGUUCAGAGAGCCUGUCUGGGAUGCUUCCUUCCUGUAGCCUAAUUCUAGACCUACUGAUAAAUCAGACAUUAGAGCUUGUUCACUUAUUUUUUUCAUAUUCUGUCUUACAUCUCAAGUUGAUAUUUGUCUUCCAUUUACUACAGAAAUUGUGUUAUGAUUUAAUACUCAUUGCUUUUUACUUUACUUACUUUUGGACUUGGACACUUUGGAUGUUAAUAUAAAACUUGUUUCUUAGCCUUCUAAUUCCUCAAGGAAACCAACUCAGAGAUUCAGGUUUACAGUGGACACAGACCCUUACUGUGAAAUCCUAUUUGGGAAUUGUUAGCUGUAACCCAUCUAAAUGGAUAGUGACCCAGGGUUGUCAAACAGGGUCCACCUUUAAUUCCAUUUAAGUCAUAACCAACAAGUUGUUUUGCUUUGUUCGAUUUAAAUUGUUUACAAACCUCAUGUUCAAGGUUGGGCGAAGCAACCGAAACCAGAAUUAGAGUUAACUAAGUUGGUAUGUACACAUAUUUCCAGGGAAAAUUUGUUUACCACUGUCAUUUGUCACUUUGAAUAAAAUAAUACCUGUCUAGUAAAAUCAAAAACAGACAGAAUAUACUAGACAAACAGAAAGAAGAAACCUGAAAGAUCUUUCUAUCAUCGACCCAAUGUUAGGAAAUCGAUUCUGUGACCUCAUUGGUCCCAAAACUUGCCCUAAAAUCUUGAAAAAAGAGAUCACUGAUUAACGAGUGAUUAUACCAAGAGAUUAUGGGCUGAAUUCCCAGAUCCUCUUAGCUCAUCUUCUUAUAACGUGCCUAAGGGGUAUAUAACCAUGGCUCCAUGUAAGAAGUAAGAGAGCAGAGACAGCUGCAAAGACAGAGCUUUAGGUUUUACUCUAUUCUGCUAAUUCAAAUCACAGCCUGAGAAGAUGGAGAAUGGCACAGAGGGCAAGAACUUCUACAUCCCCAUGAACAACAGGACGGGGCUGGUGAGGAGUCCCUUUGAGUAUCCACAGUACUAUUUGGCAGAUCCAUGGCAAUUCAAAUUAUUAGCUGCGUACAUGUUCUUCCUGAUCGUCACCGGCUUCCCAAUCAAUGGUCUGACACUGGUGGUCACAGCUCAGAACAAGAAGCUCCGGCAGCCUCUCAACUAUAUCCUGGUGAACUUGGCGGUAGCAGGAUUGAUCAUGAUCAUCUUUGGAUUCACAGCCACCGUAUACUCUUCUUUGAUGGGCUAUUUUUCUAUGGGACCCUUAGGCUGUGAUAUGGAAGGUUUCUUUGCUACAAUUGGAGGUCAAGUAUCACUAUGGUCUCUUGUGGUCUUAGCUAUUGAGAGAUACAUAGUAGUCUGUAAACCAAUGGGUAGUUUUAAAUUUACUGCCACCCAUUCUGCAAUUGGCUGUGGAUUUACCUGGGUCAUGGCUCUCUCCUGUGCGACUCCUCCUUUGGUGGGCUGGUCAAGGUAUAUUCCUGAGGGUCUUCAGGUAUCCUGUGGACCUGACUAUUACACGUUGGCCCCAGGUUUCAACAAUGAAUCAUACGUGAUGUACUUGUUCUCCUGCCACUUCUGUUUCCCUGUCUUCACAAUCUUCUUCACAUAUGGGAGUCUUGUGAUGACAGUCAAAGCUGCUGCAGCCCAGCAGCAGGACUCAGCUUCCACUCAGAAAGCUGAGAAGGAAGUGACACGUAUGUGCGUCCUGAUGGUUGUCGGCUUCCUUCUUGCUUGGGUCCCCUACGCUUCCUUCGCUGCGUGGAUUUUCUUUAACAGAGGAGCUGCCUUCUCGGCUACCGCCAUGGCCAUUCCUGCCUUUUUCUCCAAGAGCUCAGCAUUAUUUAACCCAAUUAUCUACAUUCUGAUGAACAAACAGUUCCGUAACUGCAUGCUGGCAACAAUUGGAAUGGGUGGCAUGGUUGAGGAUGAGACCUCAGUGUCGACCAGCAAGACAGAAGUCUCCACUGCAGCUUAAUGAUUACAGCUACACAUCUUCAGACAACCUCCUUCCUUAUGUUUUCUUAAUUCUGCGUGUUAUGGACAUGGAAAUAAAGAAAUGGAUUCAAGGCAAACUUUGCUGCAACAAAAGGACUUUAAUCUCUAAAUACUGGCCUGUGAUGUUUUGCUGCACACAUUUAUGAAUAUUAUCUACAUCUGGGGAAAAAUUAUUAAAAAAAACAACAAAAACAAAUAAGCAACAAAAAAAAUAAAAAAAUAAACAAAUAAUAAUAAAAAAAAGGACUCUAAGAUGAGACACAGCCUGAUGUGUGUUUCCUUGCUCAACUGUGUUGGUAACAUCUGCUUGUGAAAUGUUCAGAUGGUGAGUGGGUGAGAUUCACCUAUGUAUAUUUAUGAAAUGUGAAAUUUUGCAUUUGUUUCAGCCUCUGUCGUAAUAGCCUGUAAAUAUUUUCUAAAAAAAGAAAAAGUAUAGAGAUACAGAUUAAAUGCAUGCAUAAAAAGACGCAUUGGUUUGUGCUUCCUUGUUGUCUAUGCAAUUGAAAGAUGAAAAAAGUUAUUGAAGGAGCAGGUAAAUUGGAAAUUGGAUCAUUCCCACUUGCAUCAUACCCAGCAGUAAAACUACAUGUUUUCUUUCAGUAAUUUCUUUCUUGUCUGAUUUUGUACUGGUUAGUAUGGCUGACCCAAUGAUGACAUGAAAUCAAUGAUAACAUGUGGAAUGUAACUCCCAUUUAUUUGCAGAAAAUUUGUCUAUGGGCAGAUUAUUUCGUAGAGCAUUUUGAAAUAGUUGAAGUAAAAUUCAACUUGGGAACUUGAAA